AUGACGACCCGAUCACUCGGUUCUCUUCCCGCAAACCUUUGUGCUCAUCUGCAGAACACAUCUCGAGGCUUCCAAGCUAAAACCUCAGUACCAUUCUCGACAUCAUCACUUGCUAUAUCCUCCAUUCUUCUUCGAUCAGGUCUCAUCUCAAAUGUUUCGCUGGGCUCACCGGCAGGUCCAGAUCCAUCGGCAUUUCAACAACUGCCGUUGCCCGCUAGAAAAUUGUGGAUAGGGCUGAAGCAUCGAAAUGGUCAGCCCGUAUUACGUCGCAUGGGGCUAGUUUCAAAACCCUCUUUCAGAGUGGUAGUCUCCCGAGAUGAAUUAGGAAGAUUAUUGGUUGGGAAAAGAGCUAGAAAUGUCGCUGGUGUAGGAAUGGGAGAGAUACUGAUAGUCAGAACGGAAGAAGAUCUAAAAGCUGGCAGAUUUGGUACGAAUCGAUAUUUGGAAGGUUGGGAAGCAUGGAGAGCUGGUUUAGGUGGUGAAGUGAUCUGCCGAGUGGGAUAG